UCUGCGGAGCAUCAACGACGUGCGCGUUUCUCUCGCAGCCGGACACGCCACACGCGCCGGUCAAAUCGUACGGCGGCACGGUCGAGCGCGCGCGCGCGCGCGAAAACGAUCGCUUUACACGCACCCGUGAGAGACUCGCACCCACGUACAGUUGGUCGCCGCUGUUGUGGUUCGUGAUCACGCCGACGAGGAAUACCUUGUCCCGUUGACGAUCGACGGCCGAUAUUAUUUUGAAAAUUUAAUUUAUUUUUUAUUUUUUUCUCACAAAUUCAACCCCCCCCCCCCCCCCCCCCUAAAACACUUUUCGCUCACGUUUCUCACCAAACCCACCGAGUUCGCGUUUCUCGAACGUUUGUCGUCCGCGGUUCCUGAUGGGUUAAGCGAAUGACCACCGACACCGCCGCCGCCAUCGACAUAAUCACAAUCGUUGCCAUCGCGCUAAACACAUGUUAAAGUUAAGUGUUUGGGGUGCCGGCGGCGGAUGCAAGGUCGAAGAGAUGGCGUGGUUUGUACACCGGUAGGGCAAACACGGAGGGGCUGAAAAGCGCCCUGGCCCGGCUUCGGCAGAGGACCUCUGGACAGUCCCAUGAGAACAACACUGCAGAACCCACUCGCCAUCAUGCUCGUGCAGAUGGUGGCUGGACUCCAGCCGGCGUUGACGUGGUCAGCGGCACGGGCAAACACCGAAUGGCGGUUCUCGUGAGGAAGUCGGCGCCGGGAUCGCCCACGCCGUCGUCGGCUUCCAGUUACGGUACCGCGUCAUCCGGUAACGAUCUCAUCGCCAGCGCGUCCAGCGCAUUGCGCCGGCUACACUUCAAGUCUGCCGGCGCCCAACGCAUGCUCAACCGGUCCAAAAUGGUACAACAACAGCAGCAGCACUUGCAGCCACAGCAGCCGCAUUCGCUGCAAUCGUCGCCGGUGCCCAAGCUCAAGGUGCUCGGGUCCAGCUCGGUGUCCAUAGAAUCGUCGGCUACGGUCAACACCAGCACCGAUUCGUCCGCGGCCACCAUGACCACGGUUACCGACGACACGGAAAACGAGGACAAUUUCGAAAACCCGUUCGAACCAAAAAUGCGUAUAAUUCCGAACCUGUUAGACGAAGUGCUCAACGGCACUCAGUCUUCGUCAUCUGCAGAAAAGGACGAUGAAUUUUACAGCGCGUCUAGUACGGAGGAACAGCCCAGGGAUGAUCCAAAAGCCGUUUUCACCGUCCAGGAUACCGCGCCCGAAGAAUACGAGGACAGUGGAAUGCCACUGAUGCAGUACACUACGUUGCCGAGUAGCUUUCACCAUCAUCACCAGAACAACAAUAACUACAACAACAAUAACGACAAUAAAACGAACAACAACUACGGGAAAGACGGCAGUGCUAUGGAGCAGAACACCAUCGCGGAAGUUGAAGACUUUAGGCCAGCCGAUAGAGACAGGAGCGCAGACGAUGACGCAGACAACACGCUGGAAUGGCGUAACAUCAUGAAGCGGCAAGCGCUGCUCGAAAAUCUUCACCGUAACACCAUCAUAGCGAAUAAAAGAUUAAAAUUGCUUUCGAGGAGAUAUGCUAAAAGUCGAUUUGAAGAGGACCGAACUCGAACAGAGAUCGGUCGAAACUCAUCAGGUUUCGCUGCUGAACAAAUGACCAUCGAUAGCGAAGACUCUUUCCAAGUGGACAAUGGAUCUCCACCAAUUCCUUCGUCACCGACUGGUCUUCCAGAGUCACCUACUUGCGACGAUGAAUCAUCACCUACAAAGUCAAAACAACAUUUUACGUUCCCCACAGUCAACGAAACAGAUGAACCUAAUGAAACAAAUAAAAGGAGGCCGUCGACGGUUUACAGCCGGACACCGAACUGGAACAACAAGGAGCGAAAGGGCUCGGCGGUGCUACUAGAUGCCUUGGUCAUCAACAAGAGCCAAUCGGCUGCGGUGGUCAUGUCGGAUACGGGUCAAGUAGCUACAAUUGUCGUCCAACAGCCAUCGCUCUCUGCCAACUCACCCGAGCAGGGGCACGAAGGGUGCCAGACAGCGCCCGUCGAACUUCCGAUUGAUUUUAAUCGGUGGCCGGACUUCGCCAACAGCAUAAGUUCGCAACAGUAUCACGAUUUUCAGAUGAAGUAUGGGAGUCCUCAUCAUAGUCGAUCACAAAGUGUUCGAACGCCUGGCAGCAAAAGCACGGUACAAUUGCAAUUGGGACCCAACGGUAUACCUAAAAACCGUUCCAACCAACUGACCUUGCCACAACAAAGGUCCAGAGUUGCUAGUAUGCCAAAUACUGGUGUCGAAGAAGAAUAUUAUCGAAUCCGUCAGUUUUCAAUUUCUGGUAAAGGGAUUAUCAACCGAGGGGAUUCGCUAAAAAGUCGAAGAUCAAAAUCUAAUAACAGUGUUGCAUCCAGUAAUUCCAGCACCGAACACUUGACAACUUCCAACUACACGGUAAUCGGCGUAGGCUGUGGUGGUCCUGGAGGCGGUGGUGGUGGUGGUGGUGGUGGCGGCGGAGGCUCCUACCCGGGAUCGGCGAGAACUAGUGCCGGCACGUCAUUGGCGUCUUCCAGAGAGUCCAGUUGCGCCAGUUGUCCAGGCAUUACCCAGCCGUUUCGCAUAGCCAUGUUGGGAGCUACGGGCGUGGGCAAGACAUCGUUAGUGUGUCAGUUCAUGACAUCCGAGUCACUGCACAUUUACGACGCUUCAAUAGACGAAGAUGGAGAAAAAUCUGUUUCUGUAUUAUUAGAUGCAGAAGAAUCCGAGUUAAUAUUUUUAGAUAAAUCUAAUGCGCCGGCCGAUUGUAAUGACGUCUUCGAGGAGUCCCCGCAUGCCUUUUGUAUUAUCUACUCGAGAAAUGAUUGGGACAGCUUCAAACAAGCCGAAGAAUGGUUACAAGCUUUAUGGAAAGCAGAUGUAGUCAGAAAUAAAGCUGUGAUAUUAGUUGGUAACAAAAAUGAUAUUGUGAGACCAAACGUCGUGCCGUCAGGAGUUGGCAAACAAAUGGCUACUCGAUAUGACUGUAAAUUUAUCGAGACGUCGGUGAUUAUCAACUACAACGUGGACGAAUUACUAGUAGGCAUACUGACACAGAUUCGAUUGAAGUUGGACCAGCCACCGGAACAUGGCGUGACUCGGUCUUCAUCGAUGCGCAAACGCUCCAAGUCACCUUUAGGAAACUGCGGACCAACGUUCAAAAAAUACAGGGGGUCCCGAACGUCUACCAGUCUCCGAGUGAAGGGACUGUUAAGCAAGGUAUGGGCCAGAGAUUCCAAGUCCAAGUCGUGUGAAAACCUACAUGUGCUCUAAUAACGAAUUCGGAAAAGAAGAUAAAAUUGAUAAUUUUUUUAUUAUUUAGAUGCAUUUUGUAUUUUUCAUACUACUCUGUUUCGCAGAGAAAAAAAUCCCCGUUAAGAAAUAUUAAAUACAACCGCAAAAAAAGGAUCAAAACCCUAUAUCAACGUUUCAUAUGUUAUUUUUUAUUAUUUUUAUUGCUAUUAUUUUUUGUCAUUUUUAUCAUUAGCAUAAUAUGCAGGCUGGCUGAACCAAUGCAAAAAAGAAUUCUUACCCACCAUCAUUCCUAGUUUUUGGAUUUACAUUUAUAAUAAUUACAUUUGAUCAAAAAAUAUGACAUUUAAGUUCAGCACUUAAAACUUAAGUUAUGUAUUAUUUUAAUCGGUUACUUUCCGGGUACCACUACUGAAAAGUAAACUCAACACUAAGGUAUUCAUACAGAUACAAUAAAAUUGAUACAUUUACAAGAACGGCAAAAACAUAAAUUUUUGUAAAUAUAGGUAGUUAGAUGAUAUUGUUCAGAUGUAAGCCUCGUUUUUGUCUUUUUAUAGGCAUUUUAUUUUUGAGAAAAAAAACUUUGAAAAAGGUUCUGAUUAAAAUUCGAUACUAAAUAAUUAUAAGAUUAGUCAAAAUAUAGGUAUAAGUCGUAGGAAUAACGUUAAUCCAAGUACAACUACUACGAUUAAAUGCCUGAAGUUUAUUAAUAAAUUAUCGAUAACAUUUCGGCGUUUGGAUAGGUAGUAGUUUUCUUGGAUACAUAAUAUUAAUAUUAAUUUAAUACUAUUAUAAUCAUCUAAUUUUAAAUGGAUUUUGAAUUAUUAUUUCGUUUUUAAACGUUUCGCGUUUUUUAAUUUGUUGUUUUUUCAGUCAUUAUUCUGACGAUAAUGAUGAUGGUUUUAAGGGACCAUUACUGUCAUUAUUAUUGCGAUCGCGUUCGUAAAUACAUUCAUUUUAUAUUUUAUAAAAUGUUGUUCGAACGCGUAUUUUGUAUUGCCAGCAGAAUCAGGGACCACGUAAUAUUGUUAGUUAGUCUAGUUGUACGCAAAUAAAGUUUUAUUAUACGUAUUGUGUAUAAUUGAAUUUGCAUAUUAAUAUAGUUUUUUGUAACUGUAAUAUAUAACUAUUCAAACUUACCGAAUGUUUUUCACGAAUUCGCGUUCACUUGAGUACGGUCAUUUCAUUUUUAUAUUUCUCAACGUCGUUUUCUUUGGUCUUUUACAUCACUUAACAUUAUGAAAAAAAGUGUCAGCACGUGUAAAAAUAUAUAUAUUUAUAUUUUAAAAUAAAAAUAAUUUAAUAAUGUUCGAAGUGGUUUGGUAAAAUGUU